AUGGACUCAACACCUGCCGCCAAUCCGGUGCGGUUCACGUCCGGUGAUGAAGCAACGAACAGCAAGCAGAUCAUCCAGAACCUAGAACAAGAAGCUUUCAAGGACUGGCCCAACGAUGCCGGCUUCGAUGGUCUUACGGAACACAGAGGUCCCAUUGAACCGAAUAUCAAGGGAGAUAUCCCCAUCUGGGCUGCUGGGAGUCUCUACCGUACAGGACCGGGCAUUUGCAAAGUUGAAGACACGCCCCGAGGCACUGUUUACAUAUCCCACUGGUUUGACGGCCUUGCCCAUACACAUCGAUUCGAGAUUGUGCCUAUUGGUGACGGUACGCCCAAUCCGGACUCGUCGGGUCCCAAAGUCCGUGUCUUUUACUCCUCUCGCCGCCAAUCCGACCAUGUCAUGGAGGACAUCAAGCGUCAUGGCACUUACAGGAGCAUGUCUUUCGCUCAAAAGGCCGACCCUUGUGUCGGCAUGUUUGGAAAAUUUAUGAGCAUGUUCCGACGGCCAUCGAAUCUGGCAAAUAUAUGCGUGACUGUAAGCCCCGAUUUCGUCGGCAAGAAAGCUCUCUCCGCAUCAUCGUCAUCACUAGAAUCGGCCAAACCAGUACCGCCCGUCGCCGCCAAUGGCCUGGCUGAUCUUGGCCAUCGAGCCUCGGCAAAGAACGUCUUCCUUGCUACCGAUGCUGCCGUCUUCUCUGAAAUUGACCCUGCCACCCUUGAGCCUAUCGGAGUCGUGAGCCAGAAGAAAUUACACCCCGAUCUCAAGGGUCCUGUUUCCGCCGCCCACGGAAAACGUGACCCUGAUACGGGGGAUUUCUUCAACUUCAAUAUGGAAUUCGGACGGAACGCUACUUACCGGAUUUUCCAGAUUGUCGCUGCGACUGGGGAGGUCAAGAUUCUCGCCACAAUAUCCAGCAGCCAUGUGAAACCGGCGUAUAUCCAUAGUUUCUUCCUCACACCCAGCUAUGUUAUGCUGUGCGUUCCAUCGGUCCACUAUAAGUAUGGCGGCGCCACCAUCCCGUUCGAAGGUAACCUAAUGGACGCCUCUGUUUUUGACGCGACACAGCCUUGUCGGUGGCUCGUCGUGGACCGGAAGGGGGGAAAGGGCCUUGUUGCCGAGUUCAAAACAGCGGGGGCGUUCUUCUUUCACUCGACAAAUUCGUUUGAAGAGAAUGGAGAUGUGAUUUGUGAGUUUGUUCAGUUUAAGAGCGGUGACAUCCUCAAAGCUUUCUAUUACGACGUCAUGCUCAACCGCAACAAUGCUACCGAGGAAUUCUGGAAAGAAGGCAGCCGGAAGACUGAUGCGCACCCGCGACUGGUGCGAUAUCGAUUCCCGACGAAGGGCGUUUCCGGCGGUAAGGGAGGUGUGGCUUCUCACGAUGAGUUGAUCGAGCCCAUCCUCGAGAUUCCGGCUCCGCAUGCCGGCGAGCUGCCGACAUUUAACCCGGAGUUUUCUCUUCGCCGCCACCGUUACGUCUACAGCGUCUCAAGUCGGGGCCUCAGUACCCUAUUCGACUGCAUCAUAAAGACCGACACCGAGACGCGGGAAGUCCUCAUGUGGCAAGGUCCCGCGGGCCAUACCCCCGGCGAAGCCAUCUAUUGCCCACGUCCACGAUCUGGUGCUUUGGAAGAUGAGAUGGAGGACGAUGGUGUACUACUCUCUGUGGUUCUGGACGGCAGUAACCGAGCAAGCUAUUUGCUCUGUCUGGAUGCCAGGACGAUGAAGGAACUUGGUCGGGCUGAGUGUGAAUUUGCAGUCGGGUUUGGCUUCCAUGGCCGGCUCGCAAAGGCUGUCUUGUAG